AUGGCGAAGGAACUGGCGGAAAAAGCUAAAGAGGCUUUCUUAGAUGACGACUUCGACGUGGCUGUUGACUUAUACUCCAAAGCCAUUGACUUGGAUCCCAAUUGCGCCGCCUUCUUCGCCGAUCGUGCUCUGGCCAACAUCAAGAUCCUUAACUUCAUCGCAGAAGCUGUUGCAGAUGCGAACAAAGCCAUUGAGUUGGAGCCUACGUUGGCUAAAGCGUACCUCAGAAAAGGCACUGCUUGUAUGAAGCUAGAGGAAUACAGAACUGCUAAAGCAGCUCUUGAAAAGGGCGCUUCUGUUGCACCAAAUGAAUCAGAGUUUAAGAAGAUGCUAGAUGACUGCAAUCUUCUCAUUGCAGAAGAAGAGAAAGAUUUGGUUCAGCAGAUGCCGCACACCUUGCCUUCAAGCUCUAUCACAUCACCAAUAGCAACUGCAGAUGAUUCUCCUCCUGCUCCGAAACCCAUACACGAGUUUUACCAGAAGCCAGAAGAAGCGGUGGUGACAAUUUUCGCUAAAGGAAUACCAAAGCAGAACGUGAAUGUCGAGUUUGGUGACCAGAUUCUAAGUGUUGUGAUUGAUAUUGCUGGAGAGAAAGCUUAUCACUUCCAGCCAAGAUUGUUUGGGAAGAUAAUACCAGAGAAGUGCAGAUAUGAAGUGUUGUCAACCAAAGUUGAGAUCCGUCUGGCAAAAGCAGAGAUAACCACUUGGGCCUCCAUUGAAUAUGGCAAAGGGCAAGCUCUUCUACCUAAACCCAAUGUCGCAUCAGCGGUUUCGCAGAGGCCAGUGUACCCAUCAUCUAAGCCGGCAAAAGACUGGGACAAGCUGGUGGCUGAAGUGAAGAAAGAGGAGAAGGAUGAGAUGCUAGAUGGAGAUGCCGCUAUGAAAAAGGGUCUCAGCGAUAUAUACCAGAGUUCAAAUGAGGACAUGAGGCGAGCCAUGAACAAAUCAUUUGCGGAGUCAAAUGGGACAGUACUAUCUACAAACUGGAAAGAGGUUGGGGCUAAGAAAGUGGAGAGCGAUCCACCAGAUGGCAUGGAGCUCAAGAAAUGGUAG